GAACAAACAAAUUUCCCAAAUAGCUAGUCUUGAUCAGCUAAGACGGGUCGAAAUGAUUAUAAUAUGCAAAAAAAAAGCUAAAUAUGGCUAGAAAUUAGGCGGUGUUUUAGCCACAUGGCUGGCUAAUGGCUAUGGAACCCAAGAAUUUGUCACAUUUCUCCAUUUUUCCUCUUUUCUUCUUCCACCAUUCUGGGUUUCUGCCAUCUCAACAGUUGAAUCAAGAACAUGUGAUUUACAGGCUGAUGAAGAUGAAAGUAAUUGGCAAAGAAGGAAGCUUGAUGAGGAGCCAGCAUGGUCACAUAAUUCUCCUCACGUAAUUUCACAGUUAGCUCAGUGCUUUACUAAUGCUAUGGUUGGACCACGAGCAUGGAUAGGAGGAAUCUUCAACCGCUCGGGCAAUAAACGGUUCGGAAGCGAUAAAUAUCUUGACUACCCCUUAACUCCUCUUCAGGAAGAAAGAUUACGCAGGCUUCAAGAACGGCUAGGGGUACCUUUUGAUGAGACACGGAUAGAUCAUCAAGAAGCUCUUCAAGCUUUAUGGAAUGCAGCAUUUCCAAAUGUGAAGCUAAAAAGUUUGAUCUCCGAGCAAUGGAAAGAUAUGGGCUGGCAAGGAGCAAAUCCAUCGACUGACUUCAGGGGUUGUGGAUUUAUUUCACUAGAGAAUUUGCUGUUUUUUGCAACAAGAUAUCCGGCUUGUUUUCAUAGGUUGCUUUUCAAGCGAAGUGGAUCGAGGGCAAUGUGGGAGUAUCCAUUUGCAGUCGCUGGGAUUAACGUUACAUUCAUGUUGAUUCAGAUGCUUGACUUAUACUCAGAGAAGCCAAAGUGUCUACCGGGAAUUAAUUUCGUUAAGCUAUUAGGAGAGGAUGAUGAGGCAUUUGAUGUUCUAUACUGUAUAGCGUUCGCUAUGAUGGAUGCACAGUGGCUGGCUAUGUGUGCUUCAUAUAUGGAGUUUAAGGAUGUUAUGCAAGCGACAAGGACGCAAUUAGAGAGGGAAUUAUCAUUAGAAGAUAUACAAAGAAUAGAAGAUCUGCCAGCAUACAACCUGAUAUAGCACAUACACUUCUUAUUCCCAUAUGUAAUACCUGAUAUAGCUCACUCAUUCUGCAAUUUGGUUAAUUAAAGAUAGACAGAAUGCGAUAAAAUGAUUGAGAUACAUCCAAUAGCUAAACCUGAAAUUUUCUGUACAAAGAGGUGGUAGUUUACGCAACUCAAACAUUACUGAAUAGGUUUCCAAUGUUUUCUAGGAUCUUUUUAGUCUUGUCAGUAGAAAAUAUAGAGAACUUCUAGAGCUUUUGACUUUAUUUUUUUUAUUUAAUUUUGUGCUUGGGAUUUGUUGCUGUGUAGUUGUUGAAUGUUACUGAAUAGAUGAAAGAAGUGUUGCCACAGGUUGUUUAACAUA